AUGUCGGAUCAGUUGCCUGGUUCGAAACGGCUUCGGCUUGGCUCGCUUGCGGACGGCUUCCGUGGUGGAAGAACACGGCCGUUCGUUGAUUUGAGUGCGAGUCUUUCGUCUGAGCAGCAGCAGCAACAUGCCGCAUCGUCUGCGCAGCAGCAGCAUGCUGCACAACAGCGGACGGCCGUACGAAUUGAUCCAACGGGGCCGGCAGAGGUUCGCCAGCAGACGGCAGCUGCUGCAGAUACGCAGCUGGAGGGGCACCACGAGGAUGCUGACCCUUCUGCUGCGGAUGUACGCGAGAGAUGGCGGCGCCAGAAAGCUGUGCAGCGUGCGGCAGCUCUUCCUGAGUUACGACAGCUGCAGCGGCAGCAGGACGCUGCACGGCAUGCGGCUGCACAUGCUGCCCCGGAGGUGAGGGUGCAGCAGCAGGUGAGGGCGCGGCAGCAGGUGAGGGCACAGCAGCAGCAGCGGAACACAGCACGGCAUGUAGCUGCCCGUGCUGACCCGGAGGUGAGGGCACAGCAGCAGCAGCGGAACACAGCACGGCAUGUAGCUGCCAGUGCUGACCCGGAGGUGAGGGCCCAGCAGCGGCUGCAUAACGCUGCACAGCAUGCAGCUGCACGUGCUGACCCGGAGGUGAGGGCGCUCCAGCAGCAGCGGAAUACGGCCCAGCAUGCGGCUGCACGGCAGGUGCAGCAGCAAAAUCAGCAGGCCGCCCCUAGGGAUACACUGUUGGCUCGCAUGCACCGUCUUCUGCGAUUCGCGGACCUUCAUCGUGGUGACGCCAUUGAUUUGCCCGAGUUUCUUUUGGUGCUUCCAGAGGGCCGCGUGCAGGACCUUCCUGGCGGUCAGUUACCGCCUGACAGGCAGGUACCGUACACCGUGCAGCUGCAGUGUGCAUCGACGAUGGCUGCUGCCUUGCGCCGGCGCAUGCCCUCCCGUGUCUGUGCUGUGUGCUCUGAAGUGUGCUCGGAGGACCAGUCGACGGUGCUGCACUGGACGGAGAUUCCCAACGUUGACAUUUUACGUGCCGACGUCAUGUGUACGGACGCUGUGCAGCGCUGGGGGCAUACUUUGGUGUGGCGGCGGAUGGCGUGUACAGCUCAGGGAGACGCACCACCGCCGCCUGACCCAGUCCUGCCUGCUCGGUAUCAUGUUAGCCGGGCUGAGCGAACUGGUGCUGUGGAUGAGGACGGCGACAGUGCUAGUGGAGCAGGCAGGCUGGUGGAUGAUGCAGCGGAAGCAGCAUUGGAGGUGGAUGCUGGUGCUCAGGAGACUGGCGAUCCGGAUUUGAUGACGGCUGGGCAGCAGCCCGAGCCCGAGCUCGAGCCCCAGCAGCUUCCACCGGAUCAACAGCUGCGCCCCCCGCGGGUGCUGCCCAGAGCCUGCCUGGACGACCCCGCUAGUGUUGAGGUGCCCUAUUGCAUGCGUCUGGAGUCGGACCUGCCCAACCGCACUAUGCUGGUUGGCGAUGGUGCUGCAGAGCGCAUAUUCGUAUGCAACGUCUGCCACAAAGCCCUUAGCGCCCGGCGAGUCCCUGAAGCUGCGCUGGCGCGCCUGGACCCUGGCGAUGUGCCGCGCGUCAAUCAUCUGGGCGACCCUCUGCCGUCGCCCACCUUUUUGGAGGGGCAGCUUCUGGGUCGUGGUCGCAUCAUCCAGCAGCUGCUUAUCAUGUACCUCGCAGACCGGCCGCCAGAUGUCUUCCCCCGUGCUGUAAAGACCCACGGCAUUGGGGUUGUGAAUCCCGACCCGAAUCUGCUGCGAGGGCAGCUGCCAGCGCGGGCAUCCGACCUGGCCGGCGCUAUCACAGUUGUGUGUGUUGACCAGGUUCACAGCCGGGCGGAGCUGCUGGAGCGCGUGCGAAAGGCACCAGGUCUACAGGUGCGAGGGCAGGUUAUCGUCGCCUGGGUCCGUUUCUUGCAGCACAACGAAGAGGAGGAGCUGGCUAUUGAUGAGGAUGCUUUGCAAGAGUACGAGUGCAUGGGCUGUGUGCGGCAGUUCCAGGACGUGGUGGAAGCGGCUGUUCGUGAUGGUAAUCUUGCCGAUGCAGCUACGGCACCUGACGCGGAUACUGCUGGACCUGUGCAGCUUACACUGGCGGAUCCGACCCCGACUGCAGCACAGGACCCUGGGCCGGGGCCAUUCACCACCAUUGUACGAGGACCUGCUGACCAGCCAGUUGAAGGUGCGCCAGCCGAUCCGGCAGCUGCCACUCUGGACGAGUUGGAGCUGAUCCUGCCGCAGCCGUCUAAUGUUGGCGAUGAUGGCAGUGAAAUCGACCGAUUCCUGGACCGAGUGGAAGACCUUCUGACUGGCCGCGCACGGCUUGCGUUUGCGGCUGGUGGCCGUGACAGCCACGUGCUGGAUGACCGUCAUCCUGCCAUCCUCACCCUCUGCUUCCCCCAGUCCUUUCCGUACGGCUUUUCUGGUCAGCGCCCCCGUGGCAUGUCUUUUCCGGCGUAUUGUCGCCACCUACUGCGCCGCAUGCCGCGGACGCAAUUCGGCGGCAAUCUCAUGCUGCUGGCACGCAUGUACGACAUCUGCGUGCGCCACGAAAGCAUGGCGCAAGUGGGAAUUACCAUGAACAUGCGGCCGCAUCUCGGUGAACCAGCGGUGCGUGUGCCGCAUGAUGUCAUCCGUGCUAUGGGCACCAUACUGGCGCUGCCGUAUCGGCACUCGCAGCGGUGGCAGCUGCUUACACAGCAAUCGCCGCUGGUUAAGGCGCUGGUGGAGGGGGCCCGCCUCAGUACUUUGCGCCUCGACCUUACAGACGCAUAUUACAAUGGCGCCCGCUCCAAAAUGCGUGCAGCCGCCCUCACCAUUGGCUGGCCUCCGCUGUUCUUCACCGUUAAUCCGGCAGAUAUACAUGCAGCUUGUGCAGUCGUGGCAUCCGGACAGGUGUUGGACUUCGACGAUGACGGACGACCGCAGCAUAUCCCGAGCACGGUGGAAAAGUGGCGGUGUGUGAAGGACGACCCGUACAGUUGUGCCGCUCUGCUGGUGGCCACCAAGGAGGUUCUGGUGGAAGAGCUCUUCGGGUUUGCGCCAGGCGCCAUGCAGCAGACCAACCCGCACUGCUUCUGCGGGCUCACGUUUGAGGUGGCGGUCAAGGUAGAGCAGAGCGGCCGCCUUGCCCUGCAUAUCCACGGUGUCGCACAUGUGGCCGCAUUCGCAGUCGAGCGUCUUCAGGCACUGUUCAACGGACCCAACUGCCGAGCGCUGGCCCUGGCAUACGCGCUGUGCGCCAUGUGGUAUCCCUCGCCGUACUAUGACCCUUUCGUCCACGGUACAGAACACUGCGUCAUGGACAUGACCGUCGAAGAGGCCCGGCAGCAUGGCCGUGCACCUCCGCCCAUCGACAAGUCCUGCCCGCCUGCAGUGUACGAUUUUGGCAGGCUCGCUGGGUGUGCAGCUGCAGUGCUGGCAUUUGGGUGCAACCAGCUGUUUACUCUGGCGUGCGAGGUGGAUCGCGUCUACACGGCAGAGGCAGCAGCGCAACUGGCCCGCCCUGAAGAUGAACGGGGGGACUGUGUGCUGCUGCAACCUGCCGCUGACCGUGCCCACGACUCUGCCUACUACAGCACGAAGUACACUGGCAAGAGCAUCAACGACAGCCAGGCGCAGCUGACGUGCAACGCUCUUACCCGAGUGCAGGACUUCCUGCUCGCUGGAAGGACGCCAACUCCGGGUGCUAGUGGGCCCACUGCCUUUGGCAACAUGUGUGCCACUGUGCAUCGCAUGACGGCUGCCAUUACGGCUGGUAUGGCGCUUGUCGCCAUGAAGCUGGACGGUCAUUCCACCUUCGAGGCGACGUUCGAAAGCGCAUACCUGCAGGUAGACGCAUUCACAGCGCUAUCUGCGGGCGCCGAGCAAUCUCCUGAGGCAGCGACUACAGCGGCGGUACUGGUGGAGGCUGAGGAGCAGGAGGGGUACACGGUGACCAACGCCGUGCAUAACUACGUGCUGCGGGGGGAAGAACUCAGCGGCCUGGACUGCAGUGUGUACAACAUAGUCUCGAACUAUGAGGUUCGACGUGUGCCGCCAGCUCAGCACCCGCACCGAGAGCGAUUGGGUCUACAGGUCCCGGUGGCAGUUCGACGCCGCAAGCGCACUGCCCCUGCCACACCCAUAACCGCCCCUGUGCCUGCCCCUGUGCCUCUGCUGACUGCAGCCCCGGCCCCUCCUCCUGAGCCACCUGCUCCUACAGCUGCAGCGACACUCGACCAGCCAACGUCUCAGACAGCCACGAAGCUGCCCCGCCUGGUGGCCUUCCAUGGCACGCAUCCACUGUACAGAACACAUGUCCACAUCCGCCUGCCGCGGCCGCGAUAUGUACAACUUGGAGGCUCUCUUCCCCGCCGGCCCCGCCCUGGCACCUCUGCUGCGGGCAUGGCGCAGUACUACGCGUUUGUCCUGGGUACUUUCAAAGCUCACCGGGGUCAGCCCAUCCCCCCCGGGCUGACUGUAAAAGAAGCCUACGACACCUGGUGGGCAGAGCUGGCCACUACCGAGGCAGGUCGCUCAUACCAAGCGUACGUAACGGUGCUGCUGGACAACAUCGAAGAGGACCACGCAGGGAAAGCCCACCAUCAGGCGGAGUACAACCAGCGGCGCCGCCAGCAGCGUGCGGCAGCGGCAGCAGCCGCGCUGCCUGAAGGUGACAGCACGAGCGCUUCGGAUGGAGAUACCGACGACGCCAUCCGCGGGCAUCUCAGGCCUGAUUCUGAAACACAGCCACCCGCUGAGGACCAGCUGGAGCACUUCGUGUACAUCCCGGGUCAGGAGGAUCCGACGGCUGGCACCGACCUCGCCGCCGUCACUCUUACGGAUCUGUUUGACUGCACCAACGCUGCUGGCGCGUAUGCCUAUGAUGCGGCACGGUGCUGCCGAGCCCCGGCCUUAGUGGACGGCCAUGGUGCACGCAGUGAUCGUUUCAGCCGUCGGAUCACACCAGCGGACCUGCCCCUCCUGACCGAAGCGAGCAAGCAUCUGAAGCGGUAUCUCGUUGCAGCAGCAGCCGGCACUGUUGAGGCAGAUGGGGGCGCCCACACGGGACUGACGGCCCCACCUGAGAUGGACACCCCUCAUGUCGAGCUGCACCGCCCCACCAGCGGACCCCUGGUUGCCAUCAUGCGCAUGCCUGGCACUCCUGAGCGGACUGAGCAGGCUCGCAUGCCCAUCUAUAUGCUUGUGGAGGGCAAGCCCGGUACCGGAAAGACCCAGUUUGUACAAGCGCUCCUCUGGUACACUUUCCAGCAUGGCUGCCUGCACUGGGCGGCCACCUGCGCCUACUCAUGGGCUGCUGCAGUUGCAUUCAACACGCCGGUGCAUCGCAGCCUCUCUACCCACGCCAUGUUCGCCCUUUCUGCUGGCAGCAACCGAGCGGAAAGCGUCAGAAAAGGCAGCGCAGCCAGCCUGCAGCCACCAUCCUCAGCGGCCGCCCCAGCGCCAACACAGGCGACGAGUUCCAGCACCCGAAGCCAGCCUCUGCACGGAGAGGAGGACAAUGAUGGCGACCCUAACGAGGCCGCUGCUGGAUCCCAAGGCGGUCAGCAGCAACCCGAAGUAGCAGCACGCCGGCCCCGGGCCGUCCCACAGGCUCAGAGCUGCAUACUCGAGGGCUUCCGAGUUUACCUGGCUAAGACCGUCUUCUUGCUGGAGAAGCAGCAGCACCAGGACAGCAGUCCCUCUGGUCGUCGCCUGACAGAGUACGCCUCUAUGUUCGGCGGUGAGCCAGCCACAGAGCAGCGCAUAGCCGAGAUGGUCGACGACCUCAACAGCCGCGCUGUCGCCGACUUAGCCGACCUAGCGCACCUCGAGCCGCGCGUCGUGCUGCAGAGGAACGAACCACGCCACACGCUCAACACCCGCCUCAUAAUGCUGGAAGCACAGCGCAAGAACCAGCGCCUCGUGGUGUGGAAUGCAGACCACAUCCCUGUCCAGAAGCGCGGCACCGCUGUAGAGCCGGCCCUGACACACGUGGAGAAAGCAGUUGCGAUGCGAAUAAAGGAUUACGACUUUGGCCACACCACCGCCGACACGUGGUACUACCAUGGCGCCCGAUACAUCCUCCUUGAUACGACGGCUGCCGAUGCCGGGGCGAGUCACAACAACGAGGUGGAAGCCUGCGGCCUGCUUGAGGAUGGCCGCGAGCCAGCAGAUGACGGCCACGGCCCCUACUGCCGGCUCAAGUACCUUCCAGUGGCCGUCAUUGUGCGGCCUAUAAACGGCCAUAUCCCCGACACCGUGCUGCAGGGCCUUGCAGACUACGCCAGCAGGGGUGGCGCCUUCAUCCUGUCACCCCGGGUGUCUUGCAUUGCCGAGGUGGAGAUGCCCGCCCCCGAGUGUGGCACCAUCACAAAGCAGGUCCGGCGCCUCAACGUACCGCUCGGCGACCGCCAGGCGGUCACCGAUUACUUCGUACAAGGCCGCAGCUUCAAAGACGAAUGCUGGCUGGUGGAUCUUGCUGUCCCACCCAACGGCAUCAAGCGUGCCACCCUGUAUGUGCUGCUGACCCGCUUUAAGAUGCUGGACCACGUCCGUCUGCUGCGGCCGCUUUAUACCACGCCACACGAGCGCAAGAAGGUCAUCAAACAAUUCCUCAGCGCGACCAAGCUCGAGCCGGAUCUGGCCGCCAACCUGCGCCUACUGAAGCAGGCAGCACGCGAAACGGAGCAGCGGUACACGACCGAGUUCCAGCAUGCAUGCCAGCUGGAAACCCGCUGGACCCGCUAG